ACGGACCGGUGCCGGAUGUUGCUGUCCGUUCUGAGCGGGGUCGGCUGUGGCGGGGAGGCGGGCCGCGCAGGCGCAGAGGCCCUGGGCCACGCCGGCUGAGGAGCCUCAGAGCGGGAUGCGGUGACGCCCCUGAGCGACCAUGGCGGCGGCCGACGAGCUGGCCUUCCACGAGUUCGAGGAAGCUUCUAAUCUGCUGGCCGAGACCCCAGAUGCGGCCACGGCCAGUGGAAGCGAUCAGCUGACCCCGCAGGGGCACGUGGCAGUGGUGGUGGACUCGGGUGGCAGCUAUGGGGCUGAGGAGGAGGCCGAGGAGAGUGACAGGACAGCGCUUCUGCAGGAGGAGAAGCAGCAGCCAGGAUUCUGGACCUUUGGCUACUAUCAGAGUUUCUUUGACGUGGACACAUCCCAGGUCCUGGACCGAAUCCGAGGCUCACUGCUGCCCCGGCCUGGCCACAACUUUGUGCGGCACCAUCUGCGGAAUCGGCCGGACCUGUAUGGCCCCUUCUGGAUCUGUGCCACGCUGGCUUUCGUCUUGGCCGUCACUGGCAACCUGACCCUGGUGCUGGCCCAGAGGAGAGACCCCUCCAUCCACUACAGCCCCCAGUUCCACAAGGUGACUGUGGCCGGCGUCACUAUCUAUUGCUACGUUUGGCUGGUGCCGCUGGCGCUGUGGGGCUUCCUGCGGUGGCGGAAGGGGGUCCGGGAGCGCAUGGGGCCUUACACCUUCCUGGAGACCGUGUGCGUCUAUGGCUACUCCCUCUUCGUCUUCAUCCCCACCGUGGUCCUGUGGCUCAUCCCUGUCCCGUGGCUGCAGUGGCUCUUUGGGGCCCUGGCCCUGGCCCUGUCGGCUGCUACCCUGGUGUUCACCCUCUGGCCGGUCGUCCGAGAGGACACCAGGUUGGUGGCCGCGGUGCUGCUCUCGACUGUCGUGCUGCUCCAUGCCCUCCUGGCAGUGGGCUGCAAGUUUUACUUCUUCCGGCCGCUGCCUUUGGAGCACCUGGCGCCUCCGCUCCAGGCCUCGUCUCUGCCCCCAAAGCUGCUGCUGCCGCCCACCCCAAGGGCCAAGGCAACCUAGGAAGGCCCGAGCCCACAGGCCCACCAUGAGGGGACACCUCGGCCUGCCCUGCCCCUCAGACGAUGACUGAAGGCUCCCUUGACACCUCGAGACCACUCUGCUACUUUCCAGACUUUUCUUACAAAGCAAACACUUUUAUUUUCUAUGCAAAGAUGAUUCCGAGAAUUUAUAUAAAGGUGGGAAAGGGGCAGCUGAGCAGGGAGCCUCCGCGGUGGCUGUCGCCCCCCCCCCCCCCCAGGCUCCCUGCCAGGCCUUCUGCUUUCCCUGAUGGGACGGUCGGGAGAGCAGAGGGGGUCACCCCAGCCUCAACUGGGCCUGCUCCUCCUGGGUGCCCACGGAGCAGGUCCCGGGGCCUAGCUUGAGCUCCACCACAUCCGUGUUCGGAGGUGUUAGAAAAUGGGGGGCAGGGGGAGAAGUAGAAGAACAUUGCCUCUGCUGAAACAUACAUUUCCUUGUUUAUUUGUUUUGGGGGGGGCGGAGGUCCCUGCAAGGCCCCUUCCCAGGCUGGGGAGGGACCAAAAUGCCAUCAUAGUAAUAGGGACUGGAGCGUCUACGAAUGUUGAGGGAAAUACACAGGCCUAAUGUGAGCUACAAGGAGAAAGGACGCCUUCCACGAUGGAUCCUUGAGGUUUCUCAUGUCUGCCCCAAGCGGCUGACAGUGACCCUUCCCUCCAGGCCUGGGGCCCGCGGGGCCACCUGUUCUAACUCUUGGCAGGGGUAGGGGAGGGGACCUGCAGGGGCUCAGGGACAAGACAGCAGCAAGAGGCAGGGGCCGAGGACGGAGGGCCUUCCCGACAGCCGGGGUGGGUUGUACAUUCAAGUGUGAGGUGAACCCUUUGGUGGGAGGGGGCCUCGGGUCUCCAGAGGCCUGGCCCCACCCCUGUCCUGAAGACUCGGCAGGGCUGCCCCUCACCACUGAGCCUCUGAGUGGGGGGAGAGGGGCUGCUGGCUCGGCCCGGCCGGCCUGGUUUUCUCAGAGGGUCUGUGGAUUGACACUGGUUCUUCUCGUAAAAAAAUAAAAUUAAAAAAAGCAGCAUGUCA